AUGUUACUUAGCGAUGUGGUGAAACGACUCAGAUUACUGGCACCGUUGCAGUUUUGUGAAAAGUGGGAUAAUGUGGGCAUGCUGGUUGAAAGUAGUGCUGAAAAGCCAGUUGAUCGAGUGUUGCUGACGAAUGACCUCACUGCAGAUGUCCUGAACGAGGCUGUACAAAACUGUUGUCAGUUGAUUGUUUCCUAUCAUCCGUUUAUUUUUAAACCGAUCACAAAACUCAGGCGAUCUAAUUGGAAGGAACGUCUGAUAUUAGACUGCAUUCAAAGUGAUAUCUCUGUAUAUUCACCGCAUACAUCAUGGGAUGCUGUUUCGUGGAUGAAUAAUCUUAACAUAAUCAAGAGCUCUCUAGGUAAACCAGAGAUGAAAAUUGGGGAAUUGUUACCAUCAUUAGCUUCAUUAUAUCCACCUAGUUUCGAAGCCAAAGGAAUGCUAUACGUGAACACGUUUGUUGGUGAGAGCUUCAACCAGAAUCUUCCGACGUUAUACGAAACUAUUUCCAAAACUACCGGGGAUGAGUUUGCGAUGGCUCGGAAUGGACCCGAACAAGAUAGCGUUGAAGUGUUAUCAAAUUACAACAUUGCAAAAGAUCUGCCAAUGAAACCAUCUUCUGUGAAAGAUUUCGGUGUUAAAUUUUCACAUGCGUUUGGAUGCGGCCUGAAACUUGAACUUUCCGCUAGCAAACUCCGUGAAACAGAUAUCAUCGCAAAUAUCAAACAUUUUCUCGACUUGAGAUAUGUGCGAUACUCUCCGGGAGACAAAAGAAGCUCUGAGUCAGUGGUGACCAGUAUAGCAGUGUGCGCUGGAUCCGGUGGCAGCGUGCUGCGCGAUGUUUUUGGCACAGUUGAUUUGGUUGUUACUGGAGAAAUGUCACACCACGAAGUUCUCGAUGCAAAAUUCAACGGCACAUCUGUGAUUUUGACGGAGCAUAGUAAUAGUGAGAGGAAAUUUCUAACAGAGUUCAAAAGCACUGUUGAAAAUAUUAAGCUGCUGCCUAAUUGCGAACUGCUCAUUUCUGAAUUGGACAAAGAUCCAUUAGAUGUAUAUUGAAAGUAAUAAAAUUUAUGAUUUGAACUAU